AUGGACAGGGGGGUGACAUUAAGGGGCUUCGAGAAUGACUUUGAGCUUAUGAACUCCAACAACUAUGGCAGCAACAUUCUCAUGGAUGGGGAGCUAAAACAUUUCUUUCAGACGAAGAAAGGAGAGCUUCCAUACGGCUGGGAGAAAAUCGAUGACCCCAUUUACGGUAGCUACUAUGUCGAUCAUAUAAAUAGAAGGACCCAGUUCGAGAACCCAGUCCUGGAGGCGAAGAGGAGACUCCAGCAGCAGCAGCAGAUGCAAAGUCAGGGUCUGUCCUCACUGCCCCUUCCCACCAUCUACAGAGUGGAGGAUGCCAGCCCCUGUGCCACCCUCCCCAGACCCCCCCGCGGCCAGGCUGGCCCGGCUGGCCCCGUGCCCGAGCGCUGCCGCAGCCUCGGAGACCUCUCCCGUUCACCGGCUCUGGGACGCAGGGCUGCCGCGUAUGCCACGUCCUCGUCCGCCGAUGUCUCCCCACUCCGGCACGUUCUCACUCGGCGGAUGAACAUGUGCCCCCAUCACCAGCCGUAUCAGCAGCCACUUCACACCGCCGCCUGCACUGUGGUGCUAGAGCAGCCUGUCUGUAGCCCCUAUUCCCUGUGGCACUUUGUCAAAAAGCCGCUAUUCACGCGGGACCCCACUCAGCUUAAAGGCAGUUUCUUGUCCACAUCCCUCCAAAAGAGCAACAUGGGCUUCGGCUUCACUAUCAUUGGAGGAGAUGAGCCAGAUGAAUUUCUCCAGGUCAAGAGUGUUAUUCCUGACGGGCCGGCUGCAGCUGACGGAAAGAUGGCCACAGACCUCGCACGAUCGCUGGAGCUCAGCUCACAGAGCACAGAGGAAACCCAGACCAGCGGGAGGGAUGUCAUCGUCUACAUUAAUGACGUCUGCGUCUUGGGCACCACCCACGCCGAUGUGGUCAAACUCUUCCAGUCGGUGCCCAUCGGUCAGAGCGUGACCCUGGUGCUGUGCCGCGGCUACCCUCUGCCCUAUGACCCCGAGGACCCCGCCAACGCCAACACCACCACCGCCACCACCACCACCAUCAUCUCCCCGCUGGGCAUCAUGGAGCAGCGGCCCAUCAUGGUGAACGGCCGGACGGGCUACGACAACUACCUGGACUACCUGACCCGCACGGCGCGCUUCGUGGCCGAGCCGGGCCAGGAGCAGGCCGCCGGCCAGCAGCAGCUGCUGGCCGCCGCCCACCCGGGGGACACCCACCUGGACGGCUCGCUGCCGGCCACCACCGGCACCACGCCGCCCGACAGCGUGUCCAUGGCCUCGUCGGGCGCCACCCAGGGGGAGCUGCUGACGCUGACCAUGGUGAAGGGCGCCGACGGCUUCGGCUUCACCAUCGCCGACAGCGCGGCCGGCCAGCGGGUCAAGCAGGUCCUGGAGCCGCAGGGCUGCCCGGGCCUGUGCGAGAGCGACCUGAUCGUGGAGAUCAACAAGCAGCCCGUGCAGGGCUUCACGCACGCGCAGGUGGUGGAGCUGCUCAAGGAGUGCGCGGUGGGAGCCGAGACCAGCCUGGUGGUCCAGAGAGGAGGAGCAGGUAAGAUCCCGGGCCCCGCCCGGCCGGACGGCGGCGCUCGGGUCUUUUCGCCGCGUCCGUGUCUCUAUAUCUGUUCUACGGUCUUCCUCUCUGCCGGAGGAAGCCGAGAUACCUGCCACAGAAGGGAUUACGAAACCUGGAUGCUCACUGAUGUCUGCCACCAAAUCGAGAUGUCUCUCAAUCUAUGGCCGCCAUCUCCAGAUAUUGGCCAGUUCAAAGGCAGGCGCAUGGCUCGGUCCAGUCAGAGGCGAGGCUCUGAAUAA